AUGGCUUUUCAACUCAUUGACUCACUCACAAAAGCUCAAACACCUGGUGCAAGUCUAGCAGGUAUGACUGACGAACAGAUGAAAAAAAUUGAAGCUUUGAGAGAGAAGAUCAAAGUGGAGGAGGACAUGGCGAGGAGAGAAAUGGACCGGCAGCAGAUGGAAGCGGUCGAGUUAGCCAUGCUAGAGAGCCGAGUCAUGCACCGUGGUGGCUUAGCAAUGACUCAGGUUGAUGAUAUUGGAAUCGGCAUUGACAGGCUUACUUUCUGGUUAGGAAAAUUGGUGAAAAUGGUUGAUUGUGCAAGGCUGACGACACUCAAUGGAGCGUUGGAUGUACCGACUCCAAUACAAUGUGGGAAAUUCUUUGCUGCUAUUUCAAUGCUUCAUAUUCAUAUGAGAAAAUAG